AUGAAAUCCUUCAGCCCGAUCCUCGUCUUCCUCCUCGCCUGGCUGGGUUCCCAGGCCGCCCCUUCGGCCUCACCGCCUGCGGACUCCAACUUCCCGGGGAUGGGCCACCCCUCUGAGAUUUCACCUCACGCUUCUGAAAAUUCCACCCCUGACUGGCCUAACCCAGAGUCCCCUGAGAGUGCUUAUCCUGAGCCCUCCAAGAUGCCUCAUGCAGUUUCCCCAGAACCUUCCCCCCUUAACUUCACUGAGACCCCCAACCCUGACCUCCAGGAAACCCCAGAUCCAGAGUCUCCUGAGACCCCCAAACCCAACUCACUCAACACCUCAAUAUCAGAAUCCCUGGAGACCCCCAACAUGAACUCCUCCAAUACGACACAUCUAGAACCUUCUGAGACCCCCAAACCUGACUCGACUGAAGUUCCACACGCAGAAUCCCCUGAGACCCCCGAACCUAACCCCUCCAGAACUUCACACCCAGCAUCUCCUGAGACCCCAGACACUGAGCCCACCCAAACUGCACCCCAAGAAUCCCCAGAGAGUCCCAAACUUAACUCCACUGAAAUGUCACGUGCAGAAGCCCCUGAGACCCCGGAUCCUCACCCCGCCAAGACCCUUGACGCCAAAUCUCCAGAAACUCAUGACCCUGACACCACUGAGACCCCGAACUCUGAAUUCCUCCAGACCCUCCAUCCUGACCCUACCGAAGCCCCUCGCCCAGAAUCCCCUGUAACCCAUAACCCCAGCCCCACUGAGAUUCCCCAAACAGAAUCCCCCACAACCCCCUACCAAGGUGCCACAGAGAUCCCUAUGACCUCUGACCCUGAGCUCUCCCUUAGUCUUCACCCAGAAACGCCUGCACCCUUCAAGGAGGAAGCUACGGCCCUAAAUGAGCUGCCCCUGAAUCCCAAGCCGGAAACCCUUUCAGCCACCCAGCCCGGCUCCCUUAAAUCGCCCACCUCAGAUUCUCCUGGGACCGUUGAGCUGAAGGCCCCCCAGAAUUUUAGCUCUAAAGGGCCCAAUGUCCCUCCUCCCUCAGCCCGGAUUGCGGGCCCCCCUGCUCCUCCAGGGCCCCCCAAUCAGUCGGCCCCAGCCACUCCGCGGGUCCCCCAGCGGCGCAGCCGAGGUGAGAGAGUCAACACUAUCAUCGUGGUGGAACGAGUGCAGGAGACCGGCGUGACCUUGGUGGGACGUCCCCGGGGCGUGGCGGGCGGGGCCCUGUGUCUCUUCCUCGCUGGAACCGGGCUGCUGAUCGGCAUUUUCCUGCUGCUCUGGUGUCUCUACCGCCGGACGGCUCGACACAGGCCCUUCGCACACCACCGGCUUCCGAACGACGGAGAUGAACCGGUUAUGCAUUUGGACACCCCGAAGGACCCAGCCUAUGACCUCUACUUUUAUGCCCCGGACGCUUGGGUCCCUUCACACAUCGCCACCAAGCAGCCGCCGCCCACCCCCCCGCUGCCGCCCAAGCUGCCCCCGCCGCCCCGCGGGGGUCGCCCCCAGCCCCUGGAGCCGCUCUCCCCCGCCACGCUCCCCAACAACUUCGUCUGAGCCCCGCUCGGUCCCUCCAGACCAGCAGCAUCCCCAGGCCGAGGAAGGCACCAGAGGUCCUGUCCUCCCGGCACGCUUUGCUACAUAGUGGUCCUCUCGGUCCAGCACACAGAGAUGCUUUCGCUCUGACCAGAGAACGCAGCCUGAGGCCGAAUAAAUCACGU